AUGAUAUUUUCACGGCUAAUACAGCAUUUCAACGACAAAUGGUUGAAGAUCCAGAAACAAACGUCAGAUAAUGUACAACUCGCCCAAAUAGCACUUUUCCGGGGUGGCAUUAUUUUCAUUACUUCCGUUGUCGUUGUCUGGAUAUCAAUAUUUUUGUAUACAGCAUUUUACUAUGCCUACAUGCCGAGUAUGUUACAUAUGCGACCAGUACAUUUGGAAUUCACAUCAUGCGGGAGAGAUAAAGGCAUCUGUAGUUAUCCAGAAGCAAACGUGCAAUUGACCAAGAAGCAACAACUGCUGAUGAUUGGUCAACCCUACAAAGUGAAUUUACACCUUGAAUUGCCUGAAUCGCCAGCGAAUAAAGAACUUGGCAUGUUUAUGGUGUGCGCAACAUUAUUGGCUCGCAAUGGUUACGCAGUUGACAGGGCCUGCAGACCAACAAUGCUGCAUUAUCGUAGUACAUUACUCCAUACAUUGACAACAUUCACAUUUUCACCGUUAUUGAUAUUCGGUAAUCGUGAAGAGAAGCAAAAUAUUGUUCUAGAAUUGUUUGGAAAUUUUGAAGAAGAUCAGAGUCAUCCAGUGACUUCUGUUUUCGUUCAAAUUCAAUCACGUCACAUUGAAUUUUAUUCAGCUGCAAUCGGAAUUCAUGCCCAUUUAUCUGGGCUACGGUAUUUGAUGUUUCAUUGGCCCAUCCUGUCAGCUAUUGUAGGAAUCAGUACAAACUUAUUUUUCAUAGCACUCGUAUGCAUACUAUCGUAUUUGCGGUUCGCUUAUGAGGACGAUUUGCAAAGCGAACAAUUCGGAUACGAGAGAGGGGCAAUUGAAGAAAUUCCACGAAAAAGUACCGAUGAAUCAUCGGAAUCUUCAUCUAUUGAAGAUGCAUCCAUGCUGGAGGAAGUAGGAAAAUCACGGCGCGGAUCUCUGGAAUUAACAGCACCGAUGAUACACUAUUCGCAUGAUCCAUAACCGACUGACGUAGAAUUAAGGAAAUGAAGUACAUUUUCUCAUCAUGAUUUUUCCACGGGAAUGAGUGCUACAUUUCGUUAAGUGAUAUAUUAUGGACAAUUUUUGUAUAUUUGCGUUAAUUAUUAAAUUAACUCAUGCCAAAUGAAGAA